AUGUCUACGAAAUGGCUCUCACUUCUGCUGCUGCUACAGCUGACUUGCUACUUUAGCUCUGGGAGUUGUGGAAAGGUGCUGGUGUGGCCAGUGGAAUUUAGUCAUUGGAUGAAUAUGAAGGCAGUUCUGGAUGAACUAGUCAUGAGGGGUCAUGAGGUGACUGUUCUAAUAUCUUCAGCUUCCACUAUUACUGAUGCCAACAAACCAUCUGCUUUUAAGUUUGAGAUUUUCCCUGUAUCUUUAACUAAAGAUGAUUUUGAGAAUGCUGUCAAGAAUUUGAUUGAGAAAUGGACAUAUAUGGCAAAAAAUUCAUUUUGGACAAAUGUUUCAUCAUUGAGAGAAUUGAAAAGCUUACUUUGGGAAUUUUCCGGAAUGCUUAUGAAAGUGUGUAAAGAAGUUGUUUCAAAAAAGAAACUUAUAACAAAACUACAGGAAUCAAGGUUUGAUGUCCUUCUUGCAGAUGCCGCUGGACCCUGUGGAAGACCCACUACAUUUUUAGAGACAGUUGGAAAAGCUGAUAUGUGGCUCAUUCGAACCUACUGGGACUUUGAAUUUCCUCGCCCAGUGCUGCCAAAUUUUGAAUUUGUUGGAGGCCUGCACUGCAAACCUGCCAAACCCCUGCCUAAGGAAAUGGAAGAGUUUGUUCAGAGCUCUGGAGAAAAUGGUAUUGUGGUGUUUACUUUGGGGUCAAUGAUCAGUAACAUAACAGAAGAAAAAGUCAAUGUAAUUGCAUCAGCUCUUGCCCAGAUUCCACAAAAAGUUCUAUGGAGAUAUGAUGGCAAGAAACCGGAUACCCUGGGGCCCAAUACCCGUCUGUAUAAGUGGAUCCCCCAAAACGACCUUCUUGGUCACCCAAAAACCAAAGCCUUUAUAACUCAUGGUGGAACCAAUGGCAUUUAUGAGGCCAUCUACCAUGGGAUCCCUAUGGUGGGCCUUCCUUUGUUUGCUGAUCAACCUGAUAACAUUGCCCGAGUAAAAGCCAAGGGAGCAGCUGUCAGAGUGGACUUGGAAACAAUGUCAGCAAGAGAUCUGCUCAGUGCAUUGAAGGAAGUCAUUAACAAUCCCUCCUACAAAGAGAAGGCUAUGUGGUUAUCCACCAUUCAACGCGAUCAGCCUAUAAAGCCCCUGGACCGAGCAAUCUUCUGGAUUGAGUUUGUCAUGCGCCACAAAGGAGCCAAGCACCUGAGGCCAGCUGCCCACAACCUCACCUGGUUCCAGUACCACUCUCUGGAUGUGAUUGGGUUCCUGCUGGCCUGUGUGGCAACUGUUGUAUUUGUCAUCACAAAAUGCUUUCUCUUUUGUUACCGCAAGUUUGCUAAAACUGGAAAGAAGCAAAAGAGGGAGUAG